AUGGCUUUGCGGGCUCGGCAGGUCUCUCGCUGGUGUUGCCUACUGCGAACGGCCCGUGCCGCCGAAUUUCCUCGGAGGCUGAGUGGCCGCAGCAGCACCGCACAGGCAUGUCGUGGGUUUGUGCCUCGGGCUCCGCUGCCCUCUAGAAAUGACGUUUUUCCGUGGAGAUUGCAGUCAUAUAGGCAGGUAUCUGCAGGAAGCUGUUAUCCACCUAGCAGUGCCAAGGAUGGAUGCUUUUCUUCUCCCGAAAGUAACUUGCCUUCACCAGUAAAACAGGAACAAGCAAAAGCAGAAAUAUUACCUGACGCGAAUGCAAAAGCAUGUGAAGACUGGGAUGAUAUCCCACCUUCAUUUGCUUUGGAGGAGAUUUCUGAGGAAGAAGCUGUACAGAUCAUUGCAGAACCGCUUCUUCCCCUUCAGUCUUCCACGCUCCGAGAUUAUGUUGAUCACUCGGAAACCCUGGCGAAACUUGUCCACCUAGGAGUUGACUUAUCCCAAGUGGAGAAGCGUCAAAAGGCAGGUCAACUCUUACUGACUUUGGACUUUGAAAAAGAUGUAAGAAAAAUACUUCUGUUUCUUAAGGAUGUGGGUGUAGAAGACAAUCAGCUGGGACCAUUCUUAACCAAAAAUCCAUACAUCCUUGCUGAAGAUCUGGAAGCUUUAGAAACAAGAGUGGCUUACCUAAAAUCAAAAAAAUUUGGUAAGGCAGAAAUUGCUCAGAUGGUCUCAAGAGCUCCAUAUUUGCUGUUGUUUUCAGUGGAAAGACUGGAUAAUAGACUGGGUUUCUUCAAAAACGAACUUGAUCUCAGUGUAAAAAAGACAAAGGAUCUGGUGAUUCGUCUUCCAAGGCUACUGACUGGCAAAUUGGAGCCUGUAAAAGAAAAUCUUCAGGUUUGUCAGAUUGAACUUGGUUUUCAACGUAAUGAAAUUCAACAGAUUGUGUUUAAAACCCCCAAGAUUUUAACUGCAAGUAAAAAGAGACUCAAACAGACAUUUGACUACUUACACAACAUAAUGGGUAUUCCUCACAACAUGCUUACUCGCUUUCCUCAGGUUUUCAACUCAAAGCUAUUGCGAAUCAAAGAGAGACAUAUGUUUCUUACAUUCUUGGGAAGAGCGCAGUAUGACCCAGCACAACCCAGCUACAUCUCUCUGGACCAGCUAGUGUCCUUGCCUGAUGAGGUGUUUUGUACAGAGAUUGCCAAAGCUUCUAUACAGGACUUUGAAAAAUUCUUAAAAACACUUUAGUUUGUAACACAUGUAAUAGUUAUGAAAUAAACAUAUUUUAUAAAACUAC